AUGGCUAAUGCACCGGGACGUCCGAGCAAAGCCUGCGAUAGUCGUAUUAACUUUGCCUUCCAGAUACGCUGCUCCGGAGAGCGACCGAGCUGUAAACGAUGCGUCAGGUUGAAGAAUACCUGUGAAUACGACACCAACAGUCAAUCCAAGAGACUCAUCAAAAGAGUUACAACUGCAAAUGGAACAUCCCGAUCCGGUGGGUCGAGAUGUCUAGCCCCAGUCGCGCUGCCAGCUCAUCUCAACGCUGAGUCCGUAUCAAACCAUGAUUUCUUCCAAGGCAUCGCCCCAUCAUUGGUCAAUACCCUGGUUGAAAUAUACUUCGACAAUGUCUAUCAAUCAACUCUUCUCCUGCACAGAAGCACAUUCAUGCAAUCACUUGCCAACCAGACCGUUAAGCCUCAUAUUCUUCUUAGCAUUUUUGCCUGGGGCGCCAAUUUCUACCGUGAUAACUCUGGGAAGGCUACCCUCAAAGAACAAGUCCUAAUGACAAAGUGGGCUAAAGAAGCCGGAGCACUGGUCUUUCAAGAUGUCGAAGAGCUCAGCGAUGAUAAUCUCGUGACGUUCUGCAAUCUUUCGCUGUUCUGGCAUAGUCAAGGCUCAUGGAAGAUAAGUUAUCUUCACAAAGGUAACGCCUGUCAACUCCUCCACAUAAACGGAACAGGUCCAAAGAACGGCUCGUCACUCGAAGCUGAAUUACGACGAAGACGUUUCUGGGCAUGUUAUUUGUUUCACUGUUUCAGUUGCGAGAAGCUCUUUCGCUUUGAAGCGAUUGCUGAUAUUGAGAAUCUGCCGUUACCUUGGUCUGAAGAAGACUUUGCGGUUGGGACUUCGAGCUCAGCGGUCGCAACGAUUGCGAAUGGGGUUGGCUCAGGAAGUAUCUUUUCAGAGCUCAUACGCGGUCUCAAUCUCUGGUCGUCUGUCGUGUCUGUCGUCAGAUCCGAGGGCGAUCUUAAUUCGCGCCUUCAAGAAAUCUUCAGAGUUGAAAACAACAUCUACUCAUGGUGGAGCAAUGUUCCUAUGGCCUUCAAGCUUGAUGCAUCUACUAUCUCAAGCAUACCACGGAAGGACUUACCAAAGAUUAUUCUCACCAACUUCGCCUAUCACCAAUCCCUCUGCGCAUUGCACUCAUCCAUUGUACCGCUCUUCUGCUGGUCAAGAAGCGACAAGAUUUACUCAUCAGCGAGACAAUUAUCUGCUCAAGUCGCGUUUGAUCACGCUGUUGCAAUUUCCAGUCUCAUCUCUGCGGUAUUAACUACUGGUUAUCCGCUCAGUUCGAUGCCGAUAUUUGUCGCAUAUGCAGCUUAUUCUAGCUGUGCUAUCCAAAUCCCUUUUCUUUGGUGUUCCGAGCCAUCAGUUAAGGAGCGAGCGCAAUCCAACAUCGACGCCAAUGUAAAGAUGAUGCAGGGCAUGUCAACUUACUGGAAGUUAGCUUCACUAUUGCAACUUUAUGUGCGCUGCCUUCAUAAUGUUCAUAAACGCAACCCGCCUGUAAUUUCUGGCGAACCCAAGUAUAUGGAUGUCUCGGCACUUGUUGAUUUUGACGUCGAUGCGUCGCUUGCAAAAUCGACGAUUUUACAAUUUGCUGGCAUGUUGCGAUCUGAUGAGAAUGGAUAUGUCAAAGCCGGAGAUGAAACCUCUGACCCAACUACGACAACUGCUGCAAAUAGUGGCGAGGCUUUUGACCGCGCAGCGAAUACGACUUAUCCGAACACGAUAAUUCCGCAAACUCCGAAACAACUUGACGCAGGGUCCAGUGAGUGGCCGACUUUUGACAUAUUCAACUCACUCAUCGAUGCUGACAUGGCCGGUCUUUUUUCUGUCGACAACAAUCUCGAUCUGUCCUUCUUGGAUGCAGAUCAGACCUCAUGGAACUUCAGCCUCGAUCUAGAACUACCCUAG